CAUAAUCUGAUUAGAGUUAAAUAGAUUAGACAGACUACAAACGUCGAGAGAAACGACACGAGAUGCAAACACCAUUUAAAUGAUAAUAUUGGUAUACUGACCAUCUCAUAGACAGCUUUUAGGGCUCGUCUAUCUCACGAUGUGAAGUGAAGAAUAUCGUUUUAGUCAUGGAUGGUGUAAUGCUCGUCAGGAACUGUGACUUCUCAUUUGCUCACUUACUACCUCACUGAAACAGUAAGUUUUCUUUCAAAACAAAUUUUCUUUUCUAUUGUCCACCCCUUUCCAAUUUAAGAUCUCAGAUGUGACAAAAUGCCUGGUGCUGUCAGUCCAAAUCCUUGGAGUUUCUCUGAGUUACUGGGGCAGAGGAGCAUUCUUGGAGUUGUAGUUUUGAUUGCAUGGUUAGUCCUGUUCCAUUUUCUGGUGAAUGUGCUGGGUGGAUGGCUGGGAUCUCGUGUCGCUUUGGAUGCCAACAGCCUCCUUCAUUUGGAGCACUUUCUGCCGCUGCGUCAGUCCCCUGAAGUUCACACUACCUCAGAGAGUGAACAAAGACUGGAUUGGGAGAUUCAGAGUGCUGUUGACAAGGCUGUGCGGGACUUUGUGUCAUCCUGGUACUGCAGUUCUGUUUCUAAAGGAGGGAAUGAGUUUGAAUGGGAGGUGAGGGAUGCCAUGCUGGAGGCGGCCGCUGAACUGAAGAGGAGGGCGAAGCAGGUGGACCGGAAAGCGCUGGCACAGAGGGUUCUAGAGCUUUGCGGAUGCCAUCUGCAGAGCUUUAGCCAAGCCAAGGAACUCCAACGCACACUGCAAGAAGAAUCUGACCAAACCUUUUCAAGCUCACAAAAACUAUGGAGAUUGUACAGUAGAGCUGAUUUGCCUCACCCAGCCCUGACUGGCCCAGCUAACCAGCUCUGCUACACCAGAGCACUGGUAGAUCUCCUCAUGCACGUCCUUAUUCCCAAAUCUCACUUGGAAACAAGAACAGGCCAGUACAUGGUGGGAGAGCUCAUCACCUGCAAUGUUGUUCUGCCCCUCGUGGCAAGAAUAUCCAAUCCAGAUUGGUUAAACCAGGCCAUUGUAGAUGUGUUCACUCAAUCUACUGACAAAGAAGCACCAAGCCCACAGCAAACACCUCCAGAAGAUGAAGAAGAAUCUGUUGGCAGCUUCUGGGAUUGUGACUGCCCAGUUACUGUCAACUGUCCUGAAACCUCCAGCAUGCAGACAGCUUGGUCUGAAUCCACAGCCCCACUUCAUGAUUCAUCUGAAACAAGUUUCCAGAGUCAGUGGUCCUCUGAUGAAAAUGUACAAGGGACGAGAAGUUCCACCAUUCUUUUUCCAGAAAGAAUGACCCAAAGUACAGCCGAACUGCUCAGAUCUCCUUACCGCACCAGCCGCCUCUAUAGACACAGUGACUACGACCUGGAUUCCCCCUCUUCAGAUGAGAGAAAGAUAUCUAGUGAGUCUUUGAAACGAACAGACUCAGAUGAUGAGAACUUUUGCGACUGCAUGUCUCCUUCAGACUGUUGUGGCUGGGUUUGUCUGGAGGAAGACACGUUGGGUCUUUUGGGGAAGUGUUUCAGGCAAAAUGUGUUCAUUUCAGAGCCUCCAUCACAGGAGAGUACAGUGGAAGAGUGUCCAGUCCAACCCCUGACUUGCACACCGAACUCAAUCCCCAGAAGCCUUGGUCUGGACUCAUUAGUUUUCGGUAACUUGGGAAAUCUUGAGGGACUGGUAACUAUUCAGAACUUGCAAAUCACUGGGACCAGCACAGCCAAAGAGCAAAGAAGCAACAGCACUAAUCCUUAUACUCUUUACACUAUAAAGUAUGAAACUGCUGGAGAUUCAGUGAGUUCAAAGACUGAUCAGCCUGUUGUAUAUCAUAUGGUGAACCGGCGCUACAGUGAAUUCCUCAAUCUGCAGACCCGUUUGGAGGAAAGGCUGGAUCUCAGGAAGGUGAUCAAAAAUGUCAAAGGUCCAAGGAAACUCUUCCCAGACCUUCCCUUCAGCAACCUAGACACAGACAAAGUGGAAGCCAGAAGAAGCCAACUGGAAUCAUUCCUCAGGAAACUGUGCACCAUCCCAGAGGCAGCUAACAGCGAGGAGGUGCGUGAAUUUCUUGCCCUCAACACUGAUGCCACAGCAGCUUUCCAGAAAAAGCCGUCAAGUUCACGCAUAGACAAGAUGGUGGAGAACAUAGUGGACACUCUGAAGACUGCAUUUCCGCGCUCAGAACCCCAGAGCCCCACAGAUGAAGGAGACCCACAAAGAAAACCCCGUCUGAGAUUCUCCAGUAAAAUAGCUAUUAAUGUUCCAAGCCUGCAACCUAAAGUGAUGUACUCUUUCAGUGAACGCUGCUCAGUUCUUCAAGGUUUCUCCCUGUCAGAUCUGGAGGGGUUUGUGGAGGAACAGGAGAAGCAGGUGGACGGGGGUGUCAAGAGUCAGUAUGCAGGAGGAAGACCCUUGAGAGAACAGAGAUCUCUAGAAAAAAGAGGAAGAGGAGCAGACACUACCCUGGCAGAUAUCGCGCUGAAUAUCUUGUGUUUGCUGAUGAAGGGCCAGUGGAGCUGGCUGUGUACAGAAAACAUCCAGAAAACCAUCAGACUCCUCUUUGGCACUUUUAUUGAAAGGUGGUUAGACAUAGGUAUAGCCCACCUAACCAGCGCCCCAUGCUGGGUGAUCUACCUGCGUGUUCUCCAGGAUGCAGUGUGGCCCGGGGGUGAUCUGCCUGUGGUGCCUAGGACAGAGAGGAGCCCAGAGCAGAGAGAGAAGAUGAGACUCCAGUGCCUGCAAUGCCUCAUGCGGCUGUUCCCAGAGUUAAUUACAGACAUACUUGGCACUGAGAAAUGCAGGCUGGUGUGGGAGCAUGUGCUAGAAUCUCUACAGGACCCCAGUAUUAACAGGCACUUGGUUUACUGUGUUUUUGACCUGCUGCUGGAGUUCCUUGUUCCAGAAUUUUCUGAGGAGACGUUCCAGAAGUCUUUACUUCAGAGUCUCCCUGGGGAUGAAGAGAGAACACUAUCAUCCGCCUAAAGACACUAUGUUUCUUUUCUUCCCUCUUUCAAAACUAGUGCAGUGGUUUUGAGAUGAGGAUAUUUGGAUCUGUUUUUAUCAGAAUAGCUUAUCAGUUUGGCUGGCUUUGUAGACAGCUGUUCUUGUCUCUCAGUUUCUUUCUGACUUUCUAAGUCGCUGUCUCUUUCAAAUGGGUUUAGAGAAGAAGUUCAAAAUAAGGUUUAAGGCACCAUUUUGAACUUUAAAUUACCCACAAUGUGUAGUCUUCAAAUACUGAAUAUUUUCUAUUCAGACUAACUUGCAAGUGAACUUCAUUUCACAUCAAAGUCCUUGGAGACCACUCAGAUAAGCUCUUGAAUGUAUUGAUGGUACAUUCAUAAAGUAUGCACUUAAUAUGCAACUUAUUCAGGACUAUU